UCGCUCAAAAGCUGUCAGAGCUUGCAGCCCUUAGAAAUGGCCGCGACCGUGAUCGCAGCGUUUCCCACGCUCCGGCCCUACUCUAGACACUUGACUAUGGAGAGGCAUUUAUCCCUCACCACCGCCCUAAGUGCAGGGGUUUCUUAUAGCCGCUCACCUGCAGCGCAGCGAAAUUAGGCGACUUCUUCCAAGUCACGCAGAGCCGGGAUUUGAACCCAGCAUGGAUCCUGAUAGCUCUGAGCAAGAUCCUGAAACGAAGAAAUAUUCUUCUGUCUGUGUUGGCAGAGAAGAAGAUAUUAAAAAAUCUGAAAGAAUGACAGCUGUUGUCCAUGAUAGAGAAGUGGUCAUUUUCUACCACAGAGGAGAAUAUCAUGCUAUGGAUAUUCGCUGUUACCACUCAGGAGGACCUUUACAUUUAGGAGAAAUAGAGGUUUCCUGCCAAUCUCAGCAACACUUUCUUCAAAGUAAAUGGUGGAAAAAGAACAAUGUAAGUGUUUUGAAAAUGAGAAAUAAAGUAACUUUAUGUUUAUAUUCUUCACUUGGGUGGGGUAUAGUUCUUAUAAGUGAACGACUUCAGGGAUUUGGAAAUAGGAACUUAGAUUUCUUUGGGGAUCAGAAUAUCAAUCUAUUUCACAUAAAGCAUACUUAUGGCUCUAGUGAUAACGAGGCUAUGCAGAGGGUAAGAAGAGAUGAAGGAAGUUGUAAAGAAAGUUGCAACUUCGAUUAAAUAAAACCCAGUUUCUCUAAUAUUGGCAAUGGUGGGAGAAUCACAACUUGGAAGGACAACAGGGCUUUCCAGGCCUAGGCUUCCUUGGCUUUACCUUGAGGUUUUCUCAAUAAUUACUGACACUACUGUGCUGGCCUUAACCAUUUUACAUCCUAGACCAAGCAUCUCUUUCCUUAAUACCCCAGAGCAUAGCCAAGAAAAAUCUCUCAUGUUUCAAAAGAAUUUAUACCAAGACUAGGGGGAUACAAAAAGAGGAAGCAACUAGACACCAAGGUUAAGACAUGGAAUGACAAAAUCCAUUUUGGCUUUUCCUCUCCUACUUAGCCAGCCACCACCUAGAUGCCACCUUACCACUGUGCAUCCAGAUACGUACAUUUCAGUAUCACCCAUUCCUAAAGUCUAGACCCAAGACUGACGCCAUUUAUUCAAAUUUACUUAACAUUCUGGAAACAUGCUAUGAUGUUUCAUACUUUUUUGGCAUGACACUGCUUCCUUUGGAAUAUUUUUCCCUAUUCAUCCUCUGAGACCCAGUCUAAGCAUCUUUCCUCCAUGAAGUCUUCUCUGACUACCCUAUGUAGAGUCAUUCCUUCCUCUAAAUUGUAUAUGCCUCUUACCAUAUUCCAUGGCAAUUACUUGUUUAUGACUCUGUCUCCAUGAGAUUAAGCUCACUGACUGAAGGAACCCUGCUUUGUUUAAUCUCUGUAUUCCUUCUUCCCAGUUCCAGGCAAAGUAUUUAUUAAGUGUCUAAUGCCUGGUUAUCUGGAUGAAUGGUUAAAGGUAGCUCUAAUACCUCUCCUUUGGAAUGAAAUAUACAGACUUUGUGAUUACUAUGUUACUCACAGCCCUUUUUUGUUUACUUCCAGGUUUUAGCUAUGUUCCUCAUGUUGACAUUGCCAAAAGUCUGAUUUCUGGAUAAGUAGGUUGUUACUGUACCAUAUAACUUUACAACAUAUUCUAUUCCAACUGUGGCCAAAAUGACUAAAACAGCACUUUCCCAUUAAGAGUUGCGUACUUUUGGGACUUCCAUGGUGGUCCAGUGGCUAAGACUCUGUGCUUCUAAUGCAAGGGGGCCCGGGUUCGAUCCCU